GUUCGAACAUGUCCGAACGCCGAACGCGAACCUUUCAGUGACUUUCGUGUCACAUCACGUGUGUACUUUGUUCCAAGUCGAUUCCCUGGGUGAAGAGAUUGAUGGGUUGUGCUUGGGACGCAUGUUUGGCGUCUUCGGCGUUCACCUCCCUGUCAUCUACGGCGAGACGAAGCAGAAGGCACUCGGACGACUCUUGCAGGCCAUCAUUGCCCAGUCCGGCGACAUUACAGCCUUGGACUGGGUCGGAAAAGCAUCCGAGUUCAAUAGCUGUCUGCCAGCUGACAUUGCCUCAUACAACCUUCCGCCAUACAUGUCACCGUCUCUAUCUGAAGAUCAGAUACAGAUGUCAGUCUCGUUGCUGCGAGAUCCUGCCAUUGUGCAGCUGGCUUUGACGCUUUGUGAUGCACUUAGCCGCCUAAGUGCUCCUCGUUUCGCGGACUGCAGGCUGCAUCUGCCUUGCAUCGCAUUCCCCGUCACAGAACUCAAAUGGAAGCAUGGUCAAGACUCGCAGAAGUGUUUCACUUAUACUGUCAAGGCACACGGGCUUAACGACCUAUCAAUCACCACAGAAGAUCACUUAAUUCAGCUCUCACGGGCAAGUUCUAGUCGGCAGCCAUUCUUGUUCGUCCGUCCGUGGAAUCGAUAUGACAUCGAGCUGCCUGACUCUGCUGACAAGACGCAGAGCAUGGAAAACUGGCAGGAGCCUGAGUCUCCGUCAGAUGAUCAGUCCAUCUGGUCUCCUGGAGACAAUGAGCCAGCUGAUUCAGAGUCUCACUCACGAGAGUUGAGGUUGAUCGUUCGUCUGGGACAGCCUUUCAGUGCACUGUUGCUAGCGCAGCAGCGUGGUGGGGAGUACAAAAGGAUUGCUUCGGAUAGCAAUAUCAUCGCGCAAGUCAAGGACAUGGCUUCUGUUCGUGACAUGAUGGAUGUCAGGACGCUAGAGAUAUUGUAGCUGUAUUCUUGUCGAAGGACGGAGAUCCCCUGAUGCGUUUUCAUUCAUACCUUCACAGUACCUAUGUGAAACAAUAUCCCUUUG